GCUGGAGAGGAUGACUUUCUGGGUGCACGCGCCAACCACCACGGACGCCAACGGGGUAGACGACCCACGCGCCAACGCAACCGCCGCCGCCGCCGCCGCCGCGGAGCACUCCUUGCACGCCGAGGGCGUCGACGAUGUACGGCGCAUCUCGAGCCGGUGGAGCGACAAGCUCAUGCUCAACGUCACAAACGAUUUUAUCAAGGCGCUGCCGCGCGACCGCUGGCUGGUCUUCGCGAACAUCGACGAGUUCUUCUACUUCCCGUGCGACAUGCAGCGCCGCAUCGCGGAGCGGAAGACCACCUUUUGCGCCGACAUGGAGGACCGCGUCGCGCAGAGCCGGAGGGCGGUCGAGCUGCGCGAGGCCCCGCCGAUCGAUGAGCAGUUCCCGGUCCGGUGCCGCAUCCGCCAGUCGCUUCGCUCGCGGGGCCAGCGACCGAUCACCACGGAGAAGAUCACCCUGUUCCUCGCCUCGCCGGCCGGCAGGCCGCACCGGCAGUACAAGAGCCCCCACCGGCUGUUCUCGCAGUAUGGCAAGCUCGGCAGGUGCAAUAACACGGGAUCCUUCUCGCACUACACGGCGACGACCAUGUACGUGCAGGCGAUAGAGAAGAAGCUGCGCAACUUCCGGUGGAACCCGACGGUGGAGAUGGACUACCGAAGCCAGCUGAAGCUGCUUCGUGCGGACGCGCCUCUUUGCUGAGUGGAUUCUGAGUCCGGGUGUGGAGAUGCGAGGGUCGCCCCCUCGCCCCCGCUUGCCCCACCACUGUGUGUGUGUGGAAAAAUUCACCUCACCUGUCUGCUAAUGCCGCAGCCGCUCCUCGCUGCUCGGUGUGAACAGAGUUCGUACGGCUU